AUGAUGCUGGCAGUGGGAUGGGUCACCCUCUUCCUGCUGGGGCUCUGUGUGCUUCCUGCCGGCCUGUGCUCCCCUGGCCGUCCCACGUGGCACUACACUGAAUCUGAGGUGGUGAUUCCUAGGAAGGAGAUGCACCCUGGCAAAGGUGUUGAGCUGUCAGGCUGGGUCUUCUACAGCCUGCACUUUGGGGGCCAAAGACACGUCAUCCACCUUCGGAGCAAGAAGCUUAUUUGGCCCAGACACCUGCUAAUGAUGACCCAGGAUGACCAAGGAGCCUUGCAGAUGGACUACCCUUACAUUCCAACGGACUGUUACUACUUUGGCUACUUGGAGGACAUCCCUCUGUCCACUGUCACCAUUGACGCGUGCUAUGGAGGCUUGUCAGGCCGACAUUACCUACAAUUAGCUAUUGUGAGUGCCCAGGGCCAUGGGAGAUUCAUGGGUUUGCAUUUUGAUUCUAUUUAUUGUGCAUGCAAUAGAAGAACCACCUGUUUAAUGCACCAAUCCUUCCAAUUGACAGAUUCCUUCAGCAACUGUUCCUUCACAUGCUAAAUUAUGCAAUUGGGUAUUACACAUCCGUGCUUUUAUUUGGACUAUACCUACUACAAUAAAACCCUGCUACAGGAUCGCUGUGGCAACUACGAGGUGGAAGGAAACGAGCAAUGUGACUGCGGCUCCUUUAAGCAGUGUUAUGCCAAUCCAUGUUGUCAAAAUGACUGUCGGUUCUCACCUGGAAGUGUUUGUAAUAAAGAAAAAUGCUGCACAAACUGCACCUACUCCCCUUCUGGAACUCUCUGCAGACCCAUCAUGAACACAUGUGACCUUCCAGAAUACUGCACCGGGUCCGCAUUCACGUGCCCUGAUGAUUUUUAUGUUCAAGAUGGAACACCGUGCACUGAGGAGGGCUACUGCUACCACGGGAACUGCAGUGACCCCAAUAUGCACUGCAAAGAGAUCUUUGGCGAAGGUGCACAUAAUGGUCAUGACAGCUGCUAUGACGUGAACACCAUAGGGUUCCGAUUUGGCUUUUGUUCUAGACAUUAUCCGGCACUACAUGGUGCGUGUACUCCGCUGCACAAGAAGUGUGGGAGGCUGCAGUGCACCAAUGUCAGCACUGUCCCCAAGCUGCAGGAUCAUGUUUCCUUCCACCAGACUAUGUAUGAUAAUGUCUACUGCUUCGGGUUAGAUCGACACCGUGCGACAGGAGCCAGUGAUGUUGGACACGUGAGAAGUGGCACUCCCUGUGCUGACGGGCUUUUCUGCAUCAACUUCCAAUGUAAUGGGACAAUGGCUGAACUGCAGUAUGACUGCACCCCUGAGAAGUGCAGCUUCCGAGGAGUUUGCAACAAUAGAAAGCACUGCCACUGCCAUGUGGGCUGGAGUCCCCCACUGUGCCUCAGUACUGGUCCUGGUGGGAGUUCAGACAGCGGCCCUCCGCCCAGAAGAGUCCGUGAAAUAAGAAGCAGCCUGGAACCGAUCUACAUUUGGAGAGUGAUCCUUGGUCGUAUUUGUGCUUUAAUUUGUGCACUGCUCUUCGGGGUAGCCACAAACGUGCGAACCGUUAAAAUUACCACGGUUAAACAACAAGAAAUCCCUGAAAAACCUCAACCACAGUAAAGUGGCAGUUGGCCUCCGGACCCCUGUGCAAAUGUAGAGACUGUGAUGGGAACAUCUGUGAGUCAGUGGGAGAAGCUACACUGUUCAGGAUCAUGUGCCCUGAAGGCUGCAGGGCACACAGGGGUCCUUCCUUCACCCAGGAGGAGAUGGGAGGUCUGGAUUUGUGUCACCAGUUCGCCCUGGUGGGUGCUGGUGCUCACCUGAAAUAAACCUCCAAGACCU